AUGGCGCACGAACGUUUAGAUGAGUCCGUCUCGCCAAUGACGAGAACCCCCAACCACCCCUCCCCAGCCAACGUCGAAGCGCAGUCUCAGUUUCAGCCACCAAAGUCGAAUGAUGGCCUGCUUGCUCCGACCCCCAAUAGAUCACAACCACAACUGGACGCAGAACAAGGCCCCAAGGAAGCCUCAACGGAAACACUAGAGGAAGCCCCAGCAGAGGCUAAAGAUUAUUGGAAUGAUGGAUUGAGCCAUCCUGAUCCCUCGCCAUUAACUUCGGGAGAGCUGAAGCCGGAAUCCGGGGCUCAAGAACCGACGCAACAGGAACAGCAGCCUGCACCCGCCGCCAAAAGCGUCCCAGAACCCUUGCAACUGGAUGGAAGGCGGAGCAUCCAGUUUGCCCAGCCUGAUUUCCACGAACCUUCCCUUCAACCCCCGGGAGCGAUCCCAGUGGAAGAGCCAGAUACACCACGCUCUCGAACGAGGUUCAUGUCCAAGAUCAAAGCUUUCGCGGCCAAUACGGGCUCGCAGACCCCGAAAUCUUUAAACGGGCCAACUUUUCCAUCUGAAUUCGGCACACGAUCAUUUCCCAACUCUCCCACUGUGUCUAGAGUUACCACUCGAGUUCCGGAAGCCGUCCACGAAGAGCAAUCUGAUGCCGAUGCCGAUGUCGAAACCGCAGACGAGGCUGCCAUACCCGAUGCAGUCAAGAAGAACAAGAAAAAGAGUCGGCGCUUUAAGAAAGGCUCCAUGUCUAAUUUUCCAAAUGUGAGCCGAUUCCCAACCGAUCUGGACGCACUAAGCACCUAUGAUCGCCUGCUCAGACGCCGAGCAAGCAUGCCUGAUACGACACAACAUGACCAUGCUGCAUCCGAUGGCGAUAUUCGUGAUAUUCCUAGACGUAAGCCAUUCCGUAGAGGAUACUCAAUGAUGAACACCACUAUGAGUCCUCCAGGUGAAGAAGACAUGGAAGACAUGGAAAUUUCCACUGCUGUUGGACGACGUACGGGCCAUUUGCGCCGCAUUACCGUCUUUGGCGGAGGCGGCUUGUCUGAUGGAGAUGCAUUGACCCCUAGGAAGCACUUCUUCAACUCAGAAAGAGCAGAAAGGGCUUCUACCUACGGCGCCAAUAAAUGGAAGCGAGUCAAAAGCACGCUGAAGCUCCUUCGACAAAAGAAGGAUGACCGCUUCGAUUACUACAAAUCUGCGGAACUCAUGGCUGAGUUGAGAGCCGGUGCUCCUGCAGUUCUGAUGCUCGCUAGCAUGAUUCAGCGAGAUGAACACGGGAACAAAAGAAUACCAGUUCUUCUGGAGCAACUGAAGCUGAAAAUCAAGGACAGCUCGCCCAUGCCGGAUGAUGACAAGGAGCGCCACUGGAUAUUCACAAUUGAACUGGAAUAUGGCAGUGGUCCAAGUCGGAUGCAAUGGCUAGUUGUCCGAACCAUCAGGGACAUCUAUAACCUGCACUUUCGGUACAAGUUUGCUCUUAAUAACGAUAAAUACAUGCUUGGACGAUUGGAUCUUGGUGCUCGCCUUAAACAGCCCAAGUUUCCUUACUCAGCAUUCCCGUAUCUUCGUGGUGCUCGCGACAAAGGAGAUGAAAGCGACGAAGAUGACCAGGCUAGUGGCCGCGGCGAGGAGACGGCCGCUGAGAUGACGGCUGCCGAGGACCAUGGCGAAGGACCGCAUCUACACUCGAGAAAGAAAUCUCGCGGCAAUUUCCUCGCAGGUAUGAGACGAAGAUCUACUGGGUUCACUGACGCUGGUGAGCUGUCUACGGCGGAAGGCGCCGGCAUUGAUAAGGAGAUUCGUAGACAGAAGUAUGUGGAAAAACAGAGGCGCAUUCUCGAAAAGUACCUCUCCGAGAUGAUUCGAUGGCUCAUGUUCAGAGCUGAUAGCAACCGCCUGUGUCGAUUUCUCGAGCUGUCAGCUUUGGGAGUUCGUCUAGCCGCUGAAGGAAGCUAUCACGGCAAAGAGGGCUUUCUUCAUCUUCAAAUGUCCAAAGGCCUCGACUUCCGCCGUGUACUGCAACCAGCCAAAGUCAUUGCUCGACACAGUCGGAAAUGGUUUCUCGUCAGACAAAGUUACAUUGUGUGCGUUGAGUCACCGGAGAAUAUGAACAUCUUUGAUGUUUAUCUUGUUGAUACUAAAUUCAGUAUCGCUUCUAAGAGGAAGGCACUGAAGAAAAUCGGCUCCAAGAAAAAGCAGGCUGAGAUCGAUUUGACCAUGGAGCAUGAACAGUCUACGGAGAAACACCACACGCUUACGGUACGCACUUCGGACCGCAAAAUCCGGCUGUUCUCACGUUACCAGUCGGUGAUGCGACAAUUCGAGGAUUCCAUCAACGAAAUGCUGAAACAGACGCCCUGGUUUGAGAAGAAGAGAUUUGAUAGUUUCGCCCCCGUUCGGUCUGGCGUAUUUGCACAAUGGCUGGUCGAUGGUCGCGACUACAUGUGGAACGUCUCAAGAGCCAUCAACAUGGCGAAAGACGUCAUCUAUAUCCACGAUUGGUGGCUGAGUCCUGAGCUCUAUAUGCGGCGCCCUGCUUGCAUUAGCCAGAAAUGGCGACUGGAUCGGCUGCUCCAGAAGAAGGCGAAAGAGGGCGUGAAAGUAUUCGUGAUUAUCUAUCGAAAUGUGGAAGCUGCCAUUCCCAUUGAUUCUGAGUACACCAAGUUCUCCCUUCUUAACCUCCAUCCAAAUAUCUUUGUCCAGCGGUCUCCGAACCAGUUCAAGAAGAAUCAAUUUUUCUUCGCGCACCACGAGAAAAUCUGCAUUGUUGAUCAUGAUGUGGCAUUUCUCGGUGGUAUAGACCUCUGCUUCGGUCGUUGGGAUAGCCCGCAGCACCCGAUUGUUGACGACAAGCCGACGGGAUUUGAGCCAUCCGAGAUGCCCAAAGACUCUGAGCAUGUACAGCUGUUCCCAGGAAAGGAUUACUCGAAUCCGAGAGUUCAAGACUUUUUCAAUCUCAACGAACCGUAUGAAGAAAUGUACGACCGGGGCAAGGUUCCUAGAAUGCCCUGGCAUGAUGUUUCCAUGCAAGUCGUUGGACAACCCGCUCGAGAUUUGACUCGCCAUUUUGUUCAGCGAUGGAAUUAUCUUCGCCGAGGCCGAAAACCAACUAGGCCCCUGCCAUUCCUGUUACCGCCUCCUGAUGCGAAAUUCGAGGAUCUCGAGGCCCUUGGAUUGACGGGUACUUGCGAAGUCCAGAUGCUCCGGUCCGCAUCCAAUUGGUCAUUGGGAAUCGACGAAACCGAGCAUAGCAUCCAGAAUGCCUACAUCCAUCUGAUCGAGGAGUCUGAUCAUUUUGUCUACAUUGAGAACCAAUUCUUCAUUACGAGCACUGAGGCAUACGGAACCAAGAUUGUCAACCGCAUUGGAGAUGCUCUGGUUGAACGCAUCAUCCGUGCUCACCAAAAUGAUGAAGACUGGCGAGCUGUCAUCAUUAUACCUCUCAUGCCGGGAUUUCAAAACACUGUCGAUGAGCAGGAAGGCACUAGUGUUAGGUUGAUUGUCAUGUGUCAGUAUCGCAGUAUCUGCCGUGGAGAGCACUCGAUUUUUGGGCGUCUUCGUGCGGCGGGGAUUGAGCCUGAGGAUUACAUCAGCUUUUUCUCUCUUCGACAGUGGGGAAUCAUGGGUAAUGAUGUUCUUGUUACCGAGCAGCUUUAUAUCCAUGCCAAGACCAUUGUUGUAGACGAUCGAGUUGCGCUGAUCGGUUCUGCAAACAUCAACGAACGUUCGCUAGUUGGCUCCAGAGACUCUGAGGUGGCCGCUAUCGUUCGUGAUACUGAUAUGAUAUCGUCUACCAUGGCGGGAAAGCCAUAUCAAGUUGGCCGAUUUGCUCACACUCUUCGGAUGAGGCUCAUGCGAGAGCAUCUUGGCCUUGAUGUUGAUGAAAUUCUGGAACAAGAGCGAGAAGAAGAAAUAAACGAAGCUCUCUUUGAACAAGAUAUGGAUGCUAUAUACGAAGAAGAUGCGACACCCGACGCCGAUGCGUCCAGCACUAGUUCUAGCCUGGCCAAGAGUCCACGAGCGCCUGCGAACCACAUUCGUUUGCCCAGUUUCAACCAUGACCUUGACCUCGCGGCAGCAGAGGCCAGCCAGGAACUUGACGGUUCCUCGUCGAAAGGAAAAGAGGCUGAGACUGACCCUCGUGUUGAAGACAAGGAACAUCAGCUAGAUCUAUCAGGAUACGGCCCGGAUCACUGGAAGUCGGCAGAACAGCAGGGCGCCGAUGAAGGCCGGGAUUCAGUCGUCGUCGAAGGCCGAGAGGUGCUCUUGCACGAUGGGAAGCGAAUUGCGGAAAUGGCCCAGCCUCCCUUGUCUCCUCCCUCUCGUCGUCAAGAGCCUAGCGAUAAGCCUAGCACCCCUCCUGCACCCCCAUCCCCUAUUAGUAGGCACGAGGCGAUGAAGAGUGAACUAUCAGGUCUGAGUACGGGUGCGCCAGCCGUUCCACUGCCAGUGCUUGAUGAUUCUAGCAUUGGUGGCCCUGCCGCUCACGCUGAUUCUAAAGCAGGCCGUCAAUCCAACGGAGCUUUCCAUCCAAUGGCAGCAGAUAUUCAAGCUGCUGACAUUGAUAAAGAUUGCAUGCGAGAUCCAUUGGAUUCCCGCUUUGUGGAUGAAAUUUGGAAUCGGGCUGCGCGCAAUAACACAGUGCUCUACCGGAGAGUAUUCCGCUGCAUGCCUGAUUCCAAGGUCGGUACCUGGGCUGAAUACCGUGAAUAUAUGGAUUACGGUGUGAAAUUCCGCGCCAGCAUGGAGCCGAAAUCUACCGGCGACGAGACUGAAACUCGUCGUGACGAAGCAGCUGUAAAAACGGAAGAUCAGCCCAAGAUCCAGCUGCCCGAGCCCGAAGGCGAUGAAGCAAAUGGCAAGCCAGUUUCUCGUGGCAGCAGCGGAGAGGACUCGGCGCUUCGCUCCCCGCCUGUUGAUGGAACGACGACAGAAAACCAAAGCUCGUUAGAGCCGCCUUCACCUGUGUAUACUCAAGGGGACGUGCCAUUCCCCACGGUGGACACUUCAUCUUCUUCGAAGCCAGUUUCGCGCAGCAAGAGCCGAGAUCGUAGGCCAACUUUCUCAACGCUGGACAAGCCGUCUUCCAAGGACACUAAUGCUGCUCCUCCCCUGGCGCCGGCGACAGCGACGGCCAAUGGCGGAACAGUCAAGCGCCGACGCCGAGCCACUACCAAGGGCAGCCGGCGCGGACUCUUGAUUGAGGAGAUGCCUACGCGUGGCGAGGCCGAGCAGCUUUUGGGCUUGGUACAAGGAAACGUGGUCGAGUUCCCAUAUGACUGGCUACUAACAGAAGAGCACAACGGGAACUGGGGUUACCAGGUGGAUGGAGUGGCACCUAUUGCCAUUUAG